AUGGAAAGGUAUGAGGCGGCCAAAUCACUGCAUGACGGAGUUCACGAUAUCAAAAACAAACUCGAAAACAAGUUGAACGAGCUUAACAAUCUGGUCAUCGGACUGGGCGCCUUACCUCGCCAAUUCAAUAAAUCCUAUAGUGAAAGAGUUGAUGACGGGAGGCAGAGAAAUUCCGCGCAGUUGAACUGGGACCUUAAGCACGAUGAAGCAAAAUAUGAACGGAAUUUCUCGCCCGAACAAGAUUGGAGACUGCCUAUCAUACCGGAGGAUGGAGAUUUUUCAAGGGACAAGCCAAGGUCCUUGGAACUGGAUGCGUCGAUGGAAAGCACGGAUACGCCAAAAUCGCAAAGAAACGAGGAUGGAACCACUCGAACUAAGCUUGAAGAGGACACUUUGUGUCUACAGCCAGGGGCCGAUUUUGCGGACAACAGACUUGACGAUUCUGGCAUCGAUGAUACGUUUCUUCCACCUACACUUGAAACAAGGAAAAAGCGAAAGUACAACGCGUCUUGGUCAGAAAAACAUUUCAACAUGACAUCCGAAUUAAUUCAAUCACACGAUAACCUGGAAGACACCCAGGGCACCGAGGUCCUACUGGAUUUCCGUACGGAGAGCGACACUUUUGCGGCAACCCCAGCAGAUGAUGAUUUCAAGUUUAGCCGACCGACUAUCGUAGAAAAGUGCGAACGUGUUGAACCAUGUGGCGAUACGCCAGUCCAAGGAUCAUUGGAGAUGAAAAGUGACUCGAUGUACCAUGGGCAACCUAAGCGCAGGGCGCUCAAGCCAAAGAACGCAAACAUGAAUACAGUCUCCUCGGGCCGGCGUCGGACUCCAACGAAAGGGAACCAUUCUGAGACACCUUCCUUUGUCGGCGACGCAAUUGGUGGAGACCAGACCACAAAAUCAACAACAGUUGAUGAGAACAAUUGUCAUGGAGAACGCAAACCAACAGAGAUAUGUGAUUCCGCGGAUCAUGCGAAUCAUCGAGAUGAGAUAAAACGCAAGUCGACUACGACAAAACCGGACCGCACAAAAGAAGAAGCAAAUCCUUCGUCGGCCUUGACCUCUUUGACGAACGAGGCACCAACAGCACCUUCCGAUCCGCCAUCACGGCCCACCAGGCGCCAGAGAGCAGUCGUUAGCUAUGCGGAGCCGAACUUGCGAGACAAAAUGCGCCGUUCCAACAACGAGCUCAUAGCAGCAGUUGGCAAUGGCCAAUCACGAAGGUCGUCGAGUUACCAGGAACCGAAAAUAGACACGGGUGACGAACUCAGUGAACGUACGAUUCCCCGGGCCAACUCCAGGUCACUGGACAUGGAUGCGGCAGCACUUGUUUCAGACGAGUCUUCUGCGCACCAUAUGGAUUCGGUAUCACAGAGAAAACGCAAAAUCUCCCCAUCUUUGGACUAUAAGACUGUAUCCAGCAAAUACGACGCCUCUAAUGACUCAACAGAAGCUUCACCCAUCAAGAUGAGUCCCAGCUAUGAUAGGCACUCAGUGCGCAAAAGUACCAUCGAGAUACAAACAAGUAUGGAACGACAUGCACGUCAGCCAGUUCUCGAAAACAUGAGCGAUGCAUCGAUGGAACUUGGGGGGAAGACAGCACCAUGUACGAAAUCACAACCUCGGCGUCAUUCCUCGAAUCAAAGGUCGCAUUGGAGGGAACAGCCACUUCAGCAAAGUAGGGCUGUCUCGGGCAAAGAAUCGCCAGACGCUUCCUCACCAUCUUUUUCGGCUAUGGUGUCUCCCUCAAGCGACCUGGUGAUAGAUGAAACUUCUGCCUCGUCAACGAACUUCCAGGCGCCUAGCUCAGGAGAUCCCCAUACUCAGUCGACCGCGUCAAUGGGGACCGGAUCAGGCCCAAAAAAGCGAGCCAAACGGGUGUCUGCCAGACGGAGAAGCAUGAUGCUGUGA